GAAAUGAAAAGAAGAGGAAAAAGUUGGUGAAACGAGGAAGUUAGGUUAGGGCUGUAUGUUUAUAAACUUGGAUUUAUAUUUUAUUUCUAUCUAAUAAACCAUUAGUAUGGUGCGAAGUGGCGAUAGAAGCAGAACUCCGGAGAAGAAGAGGCGGAGAUCCAGAUCUAGAAGCAAAGAAAGGUCUUCUAGGAGCACCCGGUCCAGACGUAGUCGAUCUAGGGAUAAAAGAAGGAGUAGAUCGAGGGAGAGGUCCACUCGUGAUAAGGGUGGAAGAGGAAGGAGUGAGUCAAGGGACAGAAAUAAUAGAGGCAGGUCUAGGUCAAGAGACAGGGAUAGGGAUCGAAAACAAAGUGAUACCAAAGAUAGGAAAAAAUCAAGAAGGAGAUCCAGAUCACGUUCCAAUGAGAAGAAGAACAAUGAUUCAGGCUUGGCAUUUGAUCCGGCCAACUUGGAUAAGGAAGAGGAACAGAAGAAGUUGGAGCUUGAAAUGCAAAAGAGACGAGAGAGGAUUGAAAGGUGGAGGGCAGAACGCAAAAAGAAAGAGCAAGAGGCGAAAAUUGAUGCCAAAUCUGAUAAUUCAGUGCCGAACCUGACUGCUCCACAGGAAGCGCAGAAAAAAUGGUCACUGGAAGAUGAUUCUGAAGAUGAAGACAAGAAUGAGAAACUGGAAAAGGAAGAAACUGAUAAAGAAGAGAAAGAAAAUGACAAGGAUAAGGACAAGGAAGAGCAGAAGCAAGAAGAGGCUCCUGCAGUUAAGGCAAAAGAACCAGAAGUCGUAACAAAUGAACCUGUUGCUGAUGAAGUGGACCCAUUGGAUGAGUUUAUGAUGGGUGUGCAGGAAGAGGUGAGAAAAAUCAAUAAGAUAGAUAUGAAGAAGCCCAGCAAGGCAGAUACCAAAAAAGGUUCUUUAGUGAUAUUGACUGGGGUUGCCAAGGCGAAACAAGAUACCAAUAAAGGGGAAUUAAUCGAGCAGAAUCAGGAUGGUUUGGAAUAUUCUUCUGAAGAAGAGGCUGAGGACCUAAAAGACACCGCGGCAAGCAUAGCAAACAAACAGAAGAAAGAUUUGGCUAGGAUCGAUCACAAUAAUAUCAUAUAUCUUUCGUUCAGGAAAAAUUUUUACGUAGAGGUGCCGGAAAUCGCGAAAAUGACUCACGCCGAAGUGGACGCUUACAGAGAGGAGCUUGAGGGUAUAAAAGUUAAAGGCAAGGGAUGUCCAAAGCCCAUCAAAACUUGGGCGCAGUGCGGCGUGUCGACGAAAGAACUGAACGUAUUGAAGAAAUUGGGGUUCGAUAAACCCACUCCCAUUCAGGCGCAGGCGGUCCCCGCUAUAAUGUCCGGCAGGGACCUCAUCGGUAUCGCCAAAACCGGUAGCGGGAAAACGCUCGCCUUUCUGUUGCCGAUGUUCCGGCAUAUACUGGAUCAGCCGCCCCUCGAGGAGACGGACGGACCCAUCUCCAUAAUAAUGACGCCUACCAGAGAACUUUGCAUGCAAAUUGGCAAGGAUAUAAGGAAAUUUACCAAAAGUUUGAAUUUGCACGCGGUUUGCGUGUACGGCGGCACCGGAAUAUCCGAGCAGAUCGCCGAACUCAAGAGGGGGGCUGAAAUUAUAGUAUGCACCCCGGGACGCAUGAUCGACAUGCUAGCGGCGAACAGCGGCAAGGUGACUAACCUCAGACGAGUGACCUACAUCGUUCUCGACGAAGCGGACCGCAUGUUUGACAUGGGAUUUGAACCACAGGUCAUGAGGAUCAUCGAUAACGUCCGUCCCGAUCGGCAAACGGUGAUGUUUAGCGCGACGUUUCCCCGCCAGAUGGAAGCUCUAGCGCGCAGGAUCUUGGUGCGACCGAUCGAGGUGCAAGUGGGCGGCCGGUCGGUGGUCUGCAAAGAGGUGGAGCAGCACGUGGUCGUGCUGGAGGAAGAACAGAAGUUCUUGAAGCUGCUCGAGCUGCUCGGCCUGUAUCAAGAGGCGGGCAGCAUCAUAGUGUUCGUCGACAAGCAGGAAAACGCCGACAUCCUGCUGAAGGAACUGAUGCGCGCCGCCUACAACUGCAUGAGCCUGCACGGCGGCAUCGACCAGUUCGAUCGCGACUCCACCAUAGUGGACUUCAAGGCGGGCAAAGUGAAAUUGUUGGUGGCGACGUCGGUUGCGGCCCGCGGUCUCGACGUCAAACAGCUGAUCCUGGUCGUGAACUAUGACUGUCCGAACCAUUACGAGGAUUACGUUCAUCGGUGCGGUAGGACGGGCAGGGCGGGCAAUAAGGGUUACGCCUACACCUUCAUCACUCCCGAGCAGUGUCGAUACGCGGGCGACAUAAUUCGCGCGUUCGAGCUGGCGGGCGUCGAAGUACCAGAACCCUUGAGGAACCUGUGGGACGAAUACAAGUCUAAGCAGGAGGCGGAAGGGAAAAAGGUGCACAGCGGGGGCGGUUUCAGCGGCAAGGGUUUCAAGUUCGACGAGAACGAGGCGGCCGCGGCGAACGAGAGGAAAAAGUUCCAAAAGGCGGCCCUGGGUUUGGCGGAUAGCGACGACGAGGACCUCGAGCACGACAUUGAUCAACAGAUCGAGAGCAUGUUUGCGACGAAGAGAACGGUCAAGGAGAUUAAGGGACCGCUGGGUAUAAUAAAUACGACCGUGAGCAGUUCGGCAGUCGACAAGUUGGAACUGGCGAAGAAGCUGGCCUCAAGAAUCAACCUCAUCAAGUCGACGAGUUUGGACACGAAGUUCAUGACGCAGCAGGCCGCGGAAUCGAUCUUGAAGGGCAGCAGUUCGGCCCUGCCUAUUACGGCCAAGACGGUGGCAGAGCAGUUAGCCGCCAAGUUGAACACCAAGCUCAACUACCAGCCCAAGGACGACGACGAGCGCAUGGAGGAGGAUAACGAGCAGACGUUCAGAAAGUACGAGGAGGAGUUGGAGAUCAACGAUUUCCCGCAGCACGCGCGAUGGAGGGUAACCUCCAAGGAGGCUCUGGCUCAGAUUUCGGAAUACUCGGAGGCGGGCAUAACGGUAAGGGGCACGUACGUGCCGCCCGGUAAGUCUCCGCCCGAGGGCGAGAGGAAACUCUAUCUAGCGAUCGAGAGCACGUCGGACAUAGCUGUGUCGAAAGCCAAAUCGGAAAUCACUCGGCUGAUCAAGGAGGAGCUGCUCAAACUGCAGACCUCUGGCCACCAUAUGAUUAACAAAAAUAGAUAUAAAGUUUUGUAAAACACACCCACACGCCCAUACGAGGUGUUAUGUAAUUGGUGACCCAAACUGAGGCGUGCGUUUUUUUGCCAUUCUUCAUAUACAGGGUGACGGAGUAUUUUUUAAAAUAUCGUUCUUUUAAACCGACAUUUUUCCAUCCGAAAAAUCGUAGUUUAUUUGAAAAUGACGUCAGAGUCCAGUGAAAUUCUGGUUCCUUUCGAAACGUAGCCAAUAUGCUUUGACAUUGAUUACGAUUUCUUGCAAAAAUGUAGUAUUUUGUUGCUAACAACGUUCUGGUCUGGUAAAAUGACUUUUUCAAGAAUUACCACAAUAAAAAAAAGGAUUAAAAAUGGAAUAUGCAACUGGUUUAAAUUUUAAAAAAAUUUAAAAACACAAUCGAAAGGAAAAAAUGUUAGCGGCUUGCAGUUUUCGGUAUAUAACGUCCCCGAGACGCUGCUGGACUAAAUAGGUCUUUAUUAGUCGAAAUAACAAGACAAAAUAAAAUAAGUAGAAAAAUCACAUCCCGAAUUUUAAGACAUGAAUUGCAUAACACCCUGUAUGCGGGCGGCAUUUUGUGGAAUAAAAUAUCGA